AUGCCCAGAUCCAAGCGUUCUAAGUUAGUAACUUUGGCCCAAACUGAUAAGAAAGGGAGAGAAAAUAAGGAGAGAAUUUUCGAUGAGGUGCGAGAAGCUCUUGAUUCCUUCAGAUACGUCUGGGUUUUGCACUUGGACAAUGUGAGAACACCCGUUUUACAAGAGAUCAGAACCGCAUGGAAUGGUUCUAAACUAAUUAUGGGCAAAAGAAAGGUCCUUGAGAAGGCCCUUGGAAUGAAAAGAGAGGACGAGUAUAAGGAGAACUUAUCAAAAUUAACAAAACAUUGUAGCGGUGUGACGGGACUGUUAUUCACAAAUGAGGAUACACAAACCGUAGAAGACUACUUUAGGUCUUACGUUAGAUCAGACUACUCUAGACCUAAGUCAAAGGCCCCAUUGACUUUUGAACUUCCCGCAGGUAUCAUUUAUUCCCGUGGUGGUCAAAUCCCCCCAGAAGAAGACGUUCCAAUGGUCCACUCUUUGGAACCUACGAUGAGGAAUAAGUUCAAAAUUCCUACAAAGAUUAAAGGUGGUAAAAUAACCAUUGAAUCUCCAUAUUUGGUAUGUGAAAAAGGACAAACGCUCGAUGUCCGUCAAGCUUUGAUUUUGAAACAAUUUGGUGUAGCUGCUGCAGAGUUUAGAGUAAAAGCUACAGCCUACUACGAUAAUGAAGCAUCGACCGUUGAAGAAGUUGGCAUCAACACGGAAUCCGCAUAA